AUGGGGAGAAGAAAAACCAAAUUCCGUAUUAAACGAAUGGUCACUGAACGGCGAGUUCCUCCUCGACCUCAGGCUCAAACUCAACAACAUCCAAUUGAAGAAAAGGAAAAAGAGUUAUCAGCUGAAGAUAUAGCUAAUGGAACCACGUCCGGCUUCAGCGGAAAAGCAAAAAUCAUUCGAAGUAGUGAUGGUAGAAUGGGCAUGCUCUUACCUGACAAAACUGAGCAAAAGCCUAUCGAUCUCAAAGAUUUACCUGCCAAUGGGUGUACGAACAGAAGAGUAAAAACAAAGCCUAAAAGGAUUCCUCCCAAUACUUAUGAUUUCACAUCGGAUAACUUAUAUGAGCAGAUUAACAUUUUCAUCAACAGGCUAGCAGAGGUUGUAAACUCUCUGAUGAAAAGCUACCAUGACUGCGGAGGGCAAGCCUAUGUUUACAAUCAACAUAUUGAGAGAGACAUGGCAAAAGAAGAAAAACUCGAUAAAAGAAGAUGUGUUAGUAUGUCAAAGAAGCUUUCUGAUCUUCAACUCAAUGAGGGAGGUGUACCGACCCCUAGAGAGAAUCUCAGGCUGCCUAAGGAAGUAUUGCAAUCAUUCCAAUUCGAAGAUCUCUACGCAGAAACCAAACAACAGUUCUUUGUCAAACAAGUGAACACAGCUUUGGUUGUAAGAGAGUUAUCAAAAGCCGUCAAGGCUUGGUUCCUAUUGGACAAUAAGCUUGGAGUUGUACGAGUAGCAUCCUGGACUAAUCAAAGUCAUAUAAGAGAAGAUCUCUGUUUGUUCUUGGAAAAGGUGAUGCUCACUCAGCAUAUCAGCCGAAUCAAGUCGUAUCUUUCGGAUCGAAAAUCCGAUACACAGCACUACGUAUAUACUCGUGACAUUUCGAUGGAGUUGGAGCAUGGGGAAAUCAUCGGAGACGUUUAUUAUCCCAUAUAUCCGAAGAAACCAGUUCAAUACAACUUCCUCAAGAAGCCUCGACCUAUGGAACCAAUAAUAUUCGAUUAUUUUCUUAACGCUGAACAGAAAGAGCUAGCUAUGAAUUUACGGGUACAGUUCGUGUUCUUCUAUCGGAACAUGGCAGCUAAGCAUUCUGGAAAUGUGAAUUUUUGGGCGUUUGUUGAACAUGCCAUUGAUCACGUUCUAUCUCUGGUUGGUCUGGACAGGUACAUGAGACAAGAGGAUGAAGAAUUUUACUUUGCCAAGUCUGUGGAAAUUCUUCUCCGAUUGCAAGCUCUUUCUGAGGCUGAUGUUAUGAGCGAUAGCCGAUGCAUGCUAGUUCCCACUGCACGCGAAGAUAUUCUCAAGCUUUCUUCCUUCAUCUACCAACUAACAGAGACAGAAGGAUUUUUCCCCGUUCUCCUUCAUCCAUUAACUUUCAACCCACCAGUGUUUUCAUACUAUCAAAACACUCCGUAUCUGAUGACCGAUUGUCCUGAUCCUGAAGAAGUUAUACGUGCCAAGAGGCAGGAGAAUGAUCAUGGUCGAUUGGAUCGUAAGCUCUUCGACCCAUCCUACUCUGUUGAUUCUUUGUUGAUUGUGGAACAAACGAAGCCUAACCCAUAUGCGAGAAUUAGAUGUGAGAAUAAAACGAUAUUCCACAUGGAUCUCUCCGAAUAUUCAGCUUACAUGUUGGAAAGACAACGACUAGGUUUGCCGAUGCAUUGGGAGAUUGAUCUCAAAGUACUAUUCAAUGCUGUCUCUCUCUUCCAAAUCGAGAAGGAGCUUCAGAAGCUUCAUAUUGAGCCUGGUUACAUCGAACAAGUUAAACGAAUUUAUCAUCUACAACAGCUCCAGCAAAUGCAGAUGCAGUUCAUUUGUUCACCAACAUUCUACGGAUCCAUGCAUCAGGAACCUGAUAGUAUAAAACCUCCAGUUAUACCAACUCCUUCUUAUGGAGAUAUGAUGAGCGAAUGUAAGUUCUGA